UAAUAAGUGAUCUGCAAAUACCUAAGAGUCCAAAAUUGCCAAAAGUAAUCACUGUAAAAAAUUAGUCCGGCACGGAAUAAUUUUGCUUUGGCAUUUCAUUACAAACUUGCCUAAUAUAGUAAGUAAAUUGAAAUUCAGCUGCUGGAGGAAGGGGGGACAGGUAUGAAGAGCGAGAGUGGGGGGAGGUUUACCUGUGUGGUGCAAGUGGCAAGUGAUGUACAAAGUGGAAAGUGGCCCCAUCUUUGGAUUAUUCUCUCUCUCUUUCCUUAUUCCUGUAGAAAAUGCCUAAGGUUAGCGUUUCCGGAACCAAGUACCGUAUGACUCUCGGUUUACCCGUUGGUGCUGUCAUGAACUGUGCCGAUAACUCUGGUGCCAAGAACUUGUAUGUCAUUGCUGUUCGUAACAUCAAGGGUCACUUGAACAGACUCCCCGCCGCCGGUUGUGGUGACAUGGUUGUUGCUACCGUCAAGAAGGGUAAGCCCGAAUUGAGAAAGAAGGUUUUGGCUGCUGUUGUUGUUCGUCAACGCAAGGCCUGGCGCCGUAGAGAUGGUGUCUUCCUUUACUUUGAAGAUAACGCUGGUGUCAUUGUUAACCCCAAGGGUGAAAUGAAGGGUUCCGCUAUCACUGGUCCCGUUGCCAAGGAAUGUGCUGAUUUGUGGCCUCGUAUUGCUUCUGCUGCUGGUACUGUCGUCUAAAUGAAAAUUAAUAAAAAGAAAAAGAGAAAACGAUGUGCACACCUAUAAAAAUACGCGCAGGAAAAAAAAAAAGACUAAAAAUUUACAGUUUUUCUAUUGUUUCUCUUUUUUUUUUCUCUUUUUUAUAAAUCCA